CGAUUUCUUUGCUUUAUAUACCCUUUCAACGUCUCUGGGCUUUACUCUUGCUACCUACUACAAUUGCACCUCUUUUGCUAUACGGUAGUAUUUGAACAAUGUUUUCACGGACUAUUAGGAAGACAUGUACCUGCUCGAGAGUAGCAACAAGGUCCCAUGGUCUAAAUCGCCGGCUCGCUCAUACCCAGGCGGCAUUCAAUUUUGAAGAUCCACUUGGCAGUUCCAAAUUAUUCACCGAAGAUGAAUUGGCUAUCCAAGAAACGGCACGUUCAUAUUGCCAGGAGCAAUUGCUCCCGAGAGUUCUGGAUGCGCAUCGCAGCGAACAUUAUGAUAAGAGAAUACUCGAAGAGAUGGGGGAACUCGGGCUUUUGGGUGCUACUAUUCAAGGCUAUGAAUGUGCAGGAGUCAGCCAAGUAGCCUCCGGGCUAAUCACCAGGGAAGUUGAACGGGUUGAUUCAGGUUACCGCUCGGGAAUGUCUGUGCAGAGUUCCCUCAUCAUGGGCGGGAUCUACGAGUUUGGAUCUGAGGAACAGAAACAGAGAUACCUGCCCCAGCUUGCAAAAGGCAAGUUGGUCGGGUGUUUCGGUUUGACCGAGCCAAAUCAUGGCUCUGACCCUGGCUCAAUGGAGACAAUCGCUAAACCUCACCCGUCAAAGAAAGGAGUCUUUCUCCUCUCAGGUUCAAAGACCUGGAUAACAAAUUCACCGAUCUCAGAUGUGAUGAUGGUCUGGGCAAAGCUCCAAUCUACUGGAAAGAUUCGGGGCUUUCUGGUUGAUCGGAAUCGUUGCCCUCCCGGAACAUUGGAAACGCCUGCCAUAAAGAAUAAAACUGGCUUACGUGCAUCCCUAACUGGAAUGAUCCAAAUGGAUGAAUGUCCCGUGCCAGAGGAAAACAUGUUUCCGACCAUUGAAGGACUCAGGGGGCCGUUCAACUGUCUCAAUUCGGCGCGAUACGGGAUCGCCUGGGGUACAAUGGGAGCCCUAGAAGAUUGCAUUGCGCGGACCAGAGAAUAUGCGCUUGAGCGGAAACAAUUCAAAGGCAAUCCCCUUGCCAAAUACCAACUUGUGCAGAAGAAAUUAGCUGAUGCAGUAACGGAUGCUGCAUACGGUGUUCUCGCUGCCUAUCAAGUCGGGCGACUCAAGGAAGAGGGCAAGGCUUUACCAGAGAUGAUAUCUAUGAUCAAGCGGCAGAAUUGUGAUCGCGCUUUGAUCAACUCGAGGGCUCUGCAGGAAAUUUUCGGUGGUAAUGCAGUGAGUGAUGAAUAUCACAUCGGAAGGCACGUGGCAAAUCUUUUCGUGACACAGACCUAUGAAGGCCAGAGUGAUAUUCACAGUUUAAUUCUCGGAAGAGCAAUUACUGGUGUACAAGCAUUUUGCUAAGGGGUUUGCACGUGGCAACCGCCAACGGAUGGUAGGAUGGAAACCCUUCAUGAUAAAUUUUGGCGGUUCCGAGGUUGGUCAAGAAAAUGUUUUCAAUUAUAUAAAGGUAGAAUACUAUCCUCCCAGUAUUGAUUGACAAAGUCAAGUAUGGGGACCAAGGGCUCCUGGUCGUGCCACAAGUGGCCUGAAGAUGAAUUGAAUUCUUUGCAGGCAAUCUCGCUCUUUCUCCAAGACCAUGGGUCGCCAUGUGCAUACCUAGCAAAGGGACAACCUUAAGAAGAUAUGCCGUCACAGGGG